AAAUACACGCAUCCAGUAGAACCACCUUUUAUUUGAGCUGUAACAAGCGAGCUUGAUCUGUCUCGAUUUGCGACUUGCGUUAACCAUGAUGAAAUCGGAACUAAGCCCGCAGCUCGCAGCUAGGUUAGGACCAGGACCUGCCAACGACGGAGGUCCUCGCGGGCGGGGGCGUCCUUCGCUAGACCAAAGCAUGCUGGUUCCUGGCGCAGGAGCUGGGCGAGGAGGGUCGGACUAUAGCAAACUUAGGGGCAUUAUUCGGACGCAAAAGGACCAAGUGCAGGCACUUGAAAACGAAGUGGCUCACUUCCAGACACGGCUGCACCGGAUAGAGGACGGCCACCGCCUGGAGCUGGCGCGUCUUAAGAAGGAGGUGGAAUACCACAAGAGGCUCCGGCAGGGUGCCGAUCAGCGCUCGUAUGAGCUGGAGGACCGGCUGGCGCGCGUGCAGCGGGAGGCGGCGGCGGCUCACCACACCAGCCACGACGAGGAGAAGGACAGCCUGAUCGUGCAGAGCCAGCUGCUGGUCAGCAAGAACAGCGAGUUGACAUACAAGCUGAAGACGAUGGAGGCACAAGUGUCACAGCUGGAGGAGCUCAAGGCGGCGCUGGAGAGCGAGCUCAACCAGGCCUACUGCGAGCGCGACGAGCUGGCGGCGGAGCUAGAGCACAUUCUGUCGCGGCAGCAUCAACAGCACAGCCGCGACCCGGAUGCGGAUGGCGAGGAUGGCUUUGAUGAUGGGGCAGAGGCGGCGGCUGCAUCGGGGCCGGAGGGUGGGGCUGGGGCCCCUGGCAGCAGCGAGGAGCAGUGAGCUGCAGCACAAAAGCCCUGCUGCCCGUAGGGCUGACCAUUGAUACUCUAUCGUGCCUGCAGAUGGCUAAAUGCCCAUGCUAACGUAUUUAACUGUCAGUGAGUAGUGGUUUUGAGACAGUUACGGUAUGGCGCUAUACCCUGGGCGCGCUAUGCCCUGGGUGCCGAUGAGCGUCAUGGAGCAAGUAUAUCUGAGCGAGUGAUUGUUCUGCACAACCCGAACUCGGUGUAGUAACCCGAUACCGGGAUUUACAGACCGUAAACAUUGAUUCAGUAGGCAAGGGGCGGCACGAGGCGGUAAAUGCAGGAGUACCGUACUAGCUGCACGCGUGCAGGAUGGCCAAGGCACCGACACGGGGUCUACUUUCCAGGAGGAAGCGAACAUUGUUGGUCGCGGUGUGAAAGAAGUGGUUGGCUCCCCUGGGUUGGCUUGCCCCUUCAGGGGGCAGAGCCAUAGCAAUCAGGUCCUUUGGUGUGCGCGGUGUGUGGGGUGGGGUAGCAGAGCUGGUUUUGCGACGGCACGACGGUAUGACGCGAGUAUGUGCGCGUGCGCGCCUUGCCUGCCCGUGCCUCAGUGAUGCAAUCACACAUGCAC